AUGGUAAGACCGGUCAUCAUGCUUCUGACUCCAAGGAGGAUGGUCCGACUUUUGUUUAUUUAUGGUGAGCAGGGUCAUAUCAUCACCCAGUGCCAGAAGCCAAAUAAGGAUGCUAAUUCCGCCAAGACUAAUGGUAGAAUGUUUGCUUUGAGCAAAAUAGAAGAUUCUAAGAAGGACAACUUGAUUCGAGGUACUUGUUUCAUUAAUAAUGUCGAAUUGGUUGCUUUUAUUGAUACUGGUGCUACUCAUUCGUUUAUUUCACUUGAUUGUGUUACUAUGUUGGGAUUGAAAUUAUCUUCUAUUGAUGGUAGUAUGGUAAUAGAUACUCCUGCUAGUGGUUCUGUUACUACUACUUUCGUUUGUACGAGAUGUCCUUUGACUAUCUUUGAUAAGAGUUUUGUGAUGGAUUUGACUUUGAGGUUCCCCAAGUUUGGUGAUAAUGGAAAACUGAUGUUGUUGAAGGCUAAGCAAGUGAGUAAGUGUCUUAGAGACGAGGUCGUGAUGUUUGCGAUGUUUGCAUCGUUGCAAAGUGACUGCGAGGCUACAAGUGUUGAACUCCCAGUUGUCUGUGAAUUUCUCGAGGUAUUUCCAGAUGAUAUAAGUGAUUUGCCUCUGGAACAUGAAGUACGGUUUCCUAUAGAGUUGGUGCCAGGUACGAGUCCAGUAUUGAUGGUUCCAUAUAGAAUGUCGGUGUAA